AUGUUAUUAUUAUUUUUUAUUAGAGAAAGCGAACACACACUUAUUUGGCGUGGUGUACGCGAAGAUCUUAGUGCUCUUUAUCCAAAGGGUAAAGAAUUCGCAUGGUGGGCAUUUAGUUCUUGUACUGCUUCAAUAGAUGUCCUUGAAUCACCGAAUUAUGUGGGAAAAUCAGGCACAAGAACAAUAUUCUCUAUUCAAACCAGUAGUGGAAAAAACAUCCAGGUCCAUUCAUAUUUUGAAAAUGAAGAUGAAAUCCUUCUACCUCCAGGUAUUUAUCUCAAAGUGAUUGGUAGUUUGAAACCAGCUGAAGGUCUACAUAUUGUUCAACUUCGUGAAAUUCCACCGCCAUACCAAAUGCUUGCUGAACCAUUUGAUCUCUCUCAACUCAAAAAAGCUUUACCAGAGUCAAAACCAUCAUCAUCUAUAUCAAGCUCGCACAGAAAACAAGAAGACUAUCCAAUAGCAGACGCUCCAUCGAAGUCACACAAAGAAGUCUCCUCGAAAAGCAGUAAGUUACGACUAUUUCAUUAA